GGCCAGCUGAUACAGCUUUGUUAGCACACAUGGCUAACUACUCACGGUCAUGUUGCUGAAAUAGGAAAUGAUAGUCCUUUACAGUUGUUAUUUACAAUGUACGUCGUUUUAAACUCCUCAACACGCAGGUUUGCCAUGUAUGGUGACGUGAAUAUAGUUUGAGCCUUACAAUGUGCCCGGUGACGUGCUUGUAAAUCGGUAGUUAUGUUUACGGAUAAUAUAGCGUCGGUGCUGUCAGUGAGUCAUCAAUCAUAGAACUUGUUUUGCAUGAGCUGCAAUUGUACAUGUUGCUGCUGGUGGAGCCGAUAAGGAGUGCCGGGUACAGCUGGAAUUUUGAAGAUACUGUAAACAUUAACCCAGGCUAACUGCCAAAGGGGUCCUACCCAACAUUUCCAACUUUCCAGACUGUUUAAAAUGUUGGACUUGUGGGCUACAUGAUGUGGAAGUGCCAUAAUCAGGAGGCUUGUGUUUGGGACCCUGUAUCCAGCGUACUACUCCUACAAAGCCGUCAAGACCAAAAAUGUCAAGGAAUAUGUCCGAUGGAUGAUGUAUUGGAUUGUUUUUGCCCUCUACACUGUGGUGGAGACCAUCACUGACCUAACACUGGCAUGGUUUCCUUUGUACUAUGAACUGAAAGUAGCCUUUGUGAUCUGGCUCCUAUCCCCCUAUACCAGAGGAGCAAGUUUAAUUUACAGGAAAUGUCUGCACCCGCUGCUGUCCUCCAGGGAGAGGGAAAUAGAUGAGUAUAUUGUGCAGGCCAAAGAGAGAAGUUAUGAGACCAUGGUGAACUUUGGCAAGCAGGGACUCAGCAUUGCAGCCACUGCUGCCGUCACUGCAGCUGUCAAGGGUCAGGGUGCCAUCACAGAGAAGCUGCGGAGUCUGAGCAUGCAUGACCUCUCACAGAUCAGUCAGCAAGAUGGAGGGGGAAACCAGAUGUAUCGCUUCAGCUCCCAUGCUGCUAAUCCCGCCAUCAGACGAUCUCAGAGUGCUGAUGUACCCGAUGAAGCAGAGUACUUUUAUGACGAGGACGACAGGAGCGACGACGAGGCUGAGCCAACCUUCUCUGAAGAUGAGGCUCUUUCUCAGAAAGGACUGAGGCGAUCUCAGAGUGUCAAGAUAACACGAUCCAGAGUCCGUAAAGAUGCGCGCUAUGGAUCCCUGAAGAUUAAAGGCAAGAAGAGACCAGCGCUGAGUUCUGUCAACUACGGCAUGUGAAGACUCCUCUUCUCGUCUCUCUCACACACACACACACACACACACACACACACACACACACACACACACACACACACACACACACACAUAGGUGAUAGUAUUUUUUAUUAAUUCUUCUAGUAAGAUUGCUUUAUAAAAGUGUUAUUUUGUCCAAAGUAGCUUGUCAUUUGAUGAACUACAAUUUUUAAGUAAUUCAGUCGGUCUGUUUUAAGUGUUUGCAGGUCGUUUUUGACACUAAACAAUUUAUUGAAUUGUUAUUAUAAGAAAAAGACAGUUAAUGCAUGCUGUUUUGGCAAGAUUUCUCACCCGUUAUGGAAGAUGCUACUAUCUAAAAUGUCAAACACUAUGAACAAAGACGCCAUUUGUCUAUUUUUAUGAAGAAACUAUUUUAACACUUAACAUCUUAAUGGCUCUACAUACCGCCUCUAUGGAUACCAUUCUCGCCUGACAUAACCUGGCAGUUAUGGCAGUGUGGAAUAGUCCGAGCCAAGAGUUUCUUGUAGGACACACUUUUAUGAUGAAGGCAUUUCAAAGAGUCACCACGCUUGAGUAAAACACUAGUGGGAGAAUACAGUGCUGUGUUACAUCCAGUGGAAUCGCGAAAGCUGGGGUGUCCAAACUAAUGUUUUAUUAGCCCCUGGCAGACAUACAAUUACAAACAACAAUCAACAUGGGGGGGGGAGAGCAAAAAGAUGUAUUUACAGGAGAAAACUUUUGUUGAUGCUAAUAACUAGGGGUGUUUUAAUCUCGCGAGAUCAAAACGUGACAAAAUUUGUUGUUCAGAAAAAAACUGUCUCGUGGGCACUGGGCCUGGGACGAAAGUAAAUAAAUUCAUCACACAAUAAAGGAAAUGAACUUGAUCAUUUUGCCGGCCCCCAUACAUUGCCACAUGCAUGCGUGUCUUCUUUAACUCCUCUGUCGCCUCCAAACAGGCAGGAAGAGAGUUCACUCUGUGCAUUGGUUUCAGCACCUUAGCGUGUUUGUUCCAUAGAACAACGGCAUGAAAGGAGUGAUACCUUUUGUCAGUUAUAAAGUGUCUUUGUCUCGGUGGUGGGUGGAGGCGGGGCCGCUGGCAUACACACAGUGCAGAAGAGUGUAACGUAGUAGAAAUUAAAUUAGUAGAUUGCAAUAUAUUGUCAUGUAUUUUUUCAUUGUACUUUUCUUAAAAGUAAAGUCUCGUCUCGUAGACCCAAUAGCGCGUAUCGUCGUCUCAUGAAAUGAGUGUCUCGACACCCCUACUUAUAACUACACAAAGCUGACAUGAAAGCACAUCCUUUGGUUUUUCCGCAUGGUGAAAAAAGAUUGGGCACCGCUGCUGUAAAGUCAAACUCAACAUCCUCCGCUAAGAUAACCAACAAUUUGUUAUUUCAGAUUAUUUUUUCCACAGUAGAAAUAAUCCAUGCCAGGUUGUUACAUCGCAAACUUUUCUUAACGUAUUAUUUUCAUGUUAUCUUUGUCUGCAUCCUUUGGAUCAGAAGGGUUGUUAUGUAUUAAUAGCUGUUUUUGUGUAUGCAUCUCAUCCCAAAGCUUUUUUAUUACUGCUGUUGUGUUUGCUUGCCAUCUCAGUUUUCUAAAAAUAAUUAAAUGUAGGUGACACUGAACGGCCUGACCCUAUCCUCGAUAAAUCUUUUAACUGCUAAGACACUCCAGUAAAACCAGUAAAAAUGAGCCAGCCGUCUAAACACCCUGCAGUCAUUGUCUCCAUGAGUGAUUCUCUGGUAAUUAUAAAGCAUUUCCUUGAAAAUAAUGAAUGAAGGAUAGCAAAGACAUUGAAUUAAAGGUCAAACAGGGGACGUAGUCACUUUUAAUGGUAGUGCUAUUUUUUUUUUUUUAUUAUAUAUAUAUAUAUAUUUUUUAUUAUUAUUAUAUAGAUUGAUCAUUAAUAUUACCAGACUCUAAUUGAGUGUUUUUAUGCAUAGUGUAUUGUUCUAAAAUACAUCUUAAUUGUAGUGUAGUGUAAUCUAUACCAAUGACGCCUUUGUGUACUAACACAACCAGGUGUGCUUUUCCAAACAAAUGAGGGACGACUUUUUUUUUGUUUUGUUUUUGUUUUUUAAAGAUUUUUAAGAGUACCGUAAAUUCCGGUGUAGAAGCCACUACAUUUUUCUUAAACUUUGAACCCUGCGGCUUAUACAGCGAUGCGGCUAAUUUAUGGCUAAAUUUUACUCUCAUGGCAUCUCCUUUAUUUCAGAGCUACUACAAGUACUAGUUGUUUAAAUACUGUGCCACUCGUGAGUCAGUAUCACAACAUAAGAGUCUGACUCACGGUGUCAUCUUACUAAGAACACUUAACUCCCCACACAGCAACGUAACACUCAAAAGGUAUACCUAACAAAUAUACAAACAUGUACCAAUAUGAGUUUAAAAUUGAAAAACCUGUUUUCCCUUUAUGCAUUGCGUCUGAGUAACACAUUCAUUGAGGUGCUGCAAUAACGUCAGCCUCGCUCUAGGCUCCUCCGGCUCCAUCUGGUGGACACAGGCAGUACUGCAGCACCAUCCACCCAUUUUCGAUGCUGCUUUGCUCAAACGAAAUGGAUUAUGGUAAAACUUCAAAAUGUUGGGAUUUUCCGUUUUUAACUCGUAUUGAUACAUGUUUGUAUAUUUCUUAGGUAUACUUUUGAGUGUCAAGUUGUUGUGUGAUGAGUUUAAUGACCUCCUGAUAUUUCCAAUGGGUUGACAAGCUUGUCAUGAGUUUUUUUCAUAGCACAUGAUUGGCGCCUGUCAAAUAAAGAGCUGCCUGGUCCUCAUGGACUCGCGUGCGCCACAAUAUGCCAUUUUAUGACAUGGACACGUGCGCUUUUUACACCGGAAUCAUCUGUAAUCCUCUAAAAAAUUGGGUCCUGCAGUCAGGAUCUUUUUAUUUACGCUGCGUAAUGUGUAACCAAAAGCUAACUGACUUUCCUGAGGAGGUGUCACAACAAGCCAAACAUUGCACGUGGUCAUUGUGUCUGUCCAAUGUUCAUAAAUGAUGAUACACCACAAGCUUUAAGUAGAGUAGCAGGGCUGGCGUUUUGGGUGACUGUUUUGUGGAUUACUGGAUUGUAAAUGUAAUUAAAUUAAGAUGCCUGUUUUCUGUGGCAACAACA